AUGGCGUCCAGUUACGUGAAAAGGGUAAGCAAAUAUAAAUAAGUCUAGGAACUUUCUUGUUUUGAUUUAUUAUUACAAAAGUAACAGACGAAAACUUGUUAGAAAAAAGAUAUUUACGUUCAUUCAUUUGUUGAAAAGGGGAAAAUUUCUUCAAUUUUAUGAGCAAGCUUAAAAGCCAAGCCUGAUGAUCGGGGAUGCAGGAUGAAAUACUGUAUAUUUCAUUUGCAUUGGCUUACAAAAUUAUUUUGCAGCUGGUGGGCAGAGUGUGAAAAGUCUGGGAUCGCAGUCUCUUACUAAGGCAUUUUGUAGUGCAUAAACUUACAGUUAAAUAACCUUAAUUUUUCAGACAACUGCUUUAGUUGGAUUAACAGUUGCUAAAGCACCAAGAAAGGUAUGAAUAAAAUCUCAAUAAUCUAUCAUGAAUUAAAUGCUCAUGGGUUAGUCUCAGGAGCAGCGUAUACUGAUCAUUCUCCGUAGAAAUACCCAAACCAUGUAAAAUAACUUAUUAAUUUCAUGCAAAAAAAUAUAAAAAUAUUAUUUACUAUUAUUACUUACUGUGUGUCUAUUUCAAAGUCAAAGAAGUGUUCUCUAAGGGACAGUUAAAUGUACAGUGUAGGACUGUUCGAUUUGAUGUGUAAUUCUUUACUUACUUCUUCUGUUUUAAAAGACUCUUACAAAACUGUAUAAAGAUACCUUGGAGGUUCUUGGAAGUAUGCCAAAAAGUGCUCAGUACCGAAUACAUGCAGAACAAAUCACUAAACAGAGACUAGGUCUUGUGGAACAGGUGAGUGUAAGUUAAACAUUUGACUUUUGCAUCUUGCUCUGGUGGCUUUAACACUACAGUUGUAUACUCAGUGUUGUCAAAAGUAGCCAGCUACUGACAAAAAUCGCCGCCUACUUGGUCAGUAUCGGCCAGCUACUUUGCUUGGCAUUUCUUUACAGAUGGCAUGUUCUAAAUAAGAUAUCCCUGGACUGGCCACUUACUUUGACAACUCAGCUAUCUACUUGAAAACUUUCCGACAACGGUGGUGUUAAAGUAAAGUUUUCUGAAGAUGUUCUAAGCUUAUCCUAACCAAGCUACAUUUCAGUUUUCCUUUUCUUAGUCUUAAGUCAGGUUAUCAGUGGUUUCAAAUAUUCAAUCCUGUUACCAGUGGUCUACUACCCCCUAUAGGGCCCUCCUACUGACUUGUUACCCUGUGAUUUACUGGUCCUUUUUUAGGUUCAUGUUGCUCACCUUACAACAAAUACUAUUAUUGUCUUGUUUUGUUGAUGUUUCUUCAUUGUUACGCGUCAUUAAGAUCAAGCUGUCAAAAGAAGGGUGUACCUGAUAAGGAAGUUAAACUCCAAUAGGCCAUUUCCGAGUUCACCUGGGCCUCUGUAUCAAAACGAGGCUAAGUGCUCAGUCUUUGAUAUGAAAAUGAUUUUUCAUUCUCAUGCAAAUAAAACACAUUUUCACGAGAAAGGUUGCGCACUUGGCCUCAUUUUGAAAGUGAGGGUUUUUGGACCCCGGAAGUGGCCUAUUUAAAGGGGCCAAGUUUUUAACUGUUAUCUGUGGCUUGUGGUCUUUGCUGUUGACAAAAAAUGAUUACCCAUUAGUUGUGUAUUUGUCAUUAGGAGAGCGACAUACCUACACUGGAAAACAAACUUGGAGCUGGUCAAAUUGAAGAAGUAAUUAAACAGGUAUUGGAUUUGGAGGUCUCUUUAGAACACUGAUGUAACUGACACCACUUAUCUUGCAGCCUGUUUAACAGAAAUAUGCUUACAUUAUCAUUGUUUUCAAUAAGAGUGCACCAAAUUUGCAUUUUGUGUAAUUAAUAAUAAUAAUAAUAAUAAGAUAUUUAUUUUUUAUUUUAAGUAUAUACAUAUUCUAAAGUGCUAAUAAAAGCUGACAAACACCAACACAUAACAAACAACUUACUCACAGAGGAAAUGAAAAUAAAACACUGCAAUCACUGUACAUGAGUAGACCAUUGCAUUAAGAGGUCAUGGGACAUCAUCUUCAUGAAAAUGAAAGCUGCCUGAUUUUGCCUUUGAAAAACGAUUAGAGGGUCAUAUCUGAAACAAAAUAAUAAUGAUUUGGCUUUUCAAACCUGCACUAUUUUCUUAAAACAAGUAAGUUUGUAGCUGAUCACGUAACCAAAAUGUGAUUUUUAAAAUUAUGAAUUACCUCUUUCUGAACACAAAUUUUACACUUAAACUUAAAGGAAAAUGUUGAAAGAUGAUGUGGUAACGUUUACAGCACAUCUGAGCAUAAAUAUCAAAGGUUUAACAACAUACAAGCAAAAAGUAGUUUUGGCCGCCAUGUUGGAUGGCGAGAGUAUGCCCUCCAACAUGGCGGCCAAUACAAAUCAUACUACUUUGUUGAAAAAUCAAAGUGCCAUAAAAUGUCUCCCUUAAAUACGUUCCCUCUUAAAUUUUGGAUGUAAGAUAAUUUUUAUGUGCUCUAUCAAUUUUUGGCAUCAUCAAGAUUCCAACUCAUUGUUUAAAGGAAGCAUUGGUUAGGUGAUCUCUUAGUGCAAGGGGCCUAUUGCUUCAUUGGGCAAAUGCCAAAGGAAAUAAAAAGGUCUUUAGAGCCUGAUAGCUCAAGGAAGAGUGUUCCACAGUGAGGGGCCAAGAUGAGCGAAGGCCCUGUCUCCAAGGGUCUUGCACUUUGUUUUGGAGACCUUUAAUUCCUUGCUGGUAAUGGAUCUUAAACUGUACGAAGCACCCUCCUUGAAACUAGAAGCUUCUUCACGUAGACAAGGACAACACCAAAGAGAUCUUGGUGGAUGUAUCCUUGAGAACUUCAACAUUUCAUUUUAGUUCUUUUAAAACUACAUGUACCUUUUUACCCAAGUUGGAAAGUUCACCAGGUUAUCAACAGAAUCACUCACAGUCCUAAGUUGUUCCAAGUUCACUAAUUGUCUCUUAUUUUUCAUUGGCAUUUUCAUUCUGGAGCUGAACAUUAACUAUGCCUUGUUUAUCACUGUUUUGUUGUAUCAAAAUAGUAGUCAUAGAGGUUUUUUAAUUGUGCUGCUAUUUUAUAUAUUUAGGCAGAAGAUGAGUUGUCUUUAGCUAAGAAAAUGCAAGAUUGGCAGCCAUGGGAAGCCUUACAAAGCCCCCCUCCUGAAAACCAGUGGACAUGGCCAUAA